GAUGAAGAAGUUGAUCAUCGAUGUGGACACAGGGGUGGAUGAUGCUCAGGCCAUCAUGAUGGCCCUCGCGGCCCCUGACGUGAAGAUCCUGGGCAUCACCUGCUGCCAUGGCAACACGCCCCUGCAGAAUGUCCUCAAGAACACGCUGCGCGUCCUGAAAGUCUGUGACAAGCUGGAUAUCCCGGUGUAUCGCGGCUGUGGAGAGCCCGUGCUGGCUGCUAGAAGAAACGCUGGAGAUUACCAUGGGAAGGACGGGCUGGGCGACGCCCCAGAUCCGGAUGCUCCGGGCCUGGAUCUGCUGAACAGUCGGAACGCUGUGAAGGCCAUGAUCAAGAUGGUGAAAGAGAACCCUGGAGAGGUGACCCUGGUGGCCACGGGCCCCCUCACUAACCUAGCUGUAGCAGUACAACUGGCGCCCAACUUUCAUGAGAAGCUGAAGGCCCUCUACAUCAUGGGAGGAAACACUGACUCCAGGGGCAACACCACUACGUGCGGAGAGUUCAACUUUGUGGCCGAUACUGAGGCCGCCUACAUCGUGUUGGACCGCUACACCUGCCCCACCUACAUCGCCUCCUGGGAGUUCAGCUGCAGGAGCAGUCUGCCGUGGUCUUUCUGUGACGAGUGGUUGGCCCAAGACACAAAGAAGGCCGCCUUCAUGAAAAAGAUUUCCAACCUUUCGAUGACAAGAGCUCGGUCGGCCGACUAUCAAAAGGAGAUCACAGCAGGAAAAGGCUUCAACUCCUGCGACACCUACGCCAUGGCUGCAGCCCUCGACGACACAAUCAUAACAGAGAGCGAGAAGGUGGCAGUGACAGUUGAGCUGGUGGGGACCCAGACCCGGGGCAUGAUGGUGCUGGACUACAUGGAAUUGCUGAAGAAGAAACACAAGGUCACCAUCAUUAAGAAGAUCGACCUGGAGAAGUUCAAGAAACUGCUCACAGAUUCUCUCAAGUAG